GCAUCUAGCGUCAUGGCCAUGUUGGAAUCCACUCCGUGGCGAAGGGCGGCGUACUACCGGCCCCGCUGCAUUGUCCGGCUACAGCUCGAGCAGCGAGGCUGCGUAGAGGCCUCCGUUCUGGCGGAGUGGUGGCUUCAGCAGGCGAAAGGCCAUGCCAUCGAAGAGUUCCUGCAGUCUCUGGCAGGCGAUCGUGUGGAGUUGGCUGAAGACUUCGGGCUGUAUUGGAGGUUUCGCUUACCGCGAAGCGGUUUAAGCCUUCCUCAGCUCUUCCAACAGCUCGAGGAGAACUCGGCCCGCUUGGGCAUGGACGAGUACACCGUGUCCCAAGCAACGUUGGAGCAGAUUUUCAAUAGCAUCACCGAAGGUGUGGACGCUUCUUCUGCCCAG